AUGGCCAAAGAUGAGGAAGAAGACAGGAAGAAGAAGAAGAAGGGGAAGAAGCCUCCUGAACCAGAGAAACCCAAAAGAAGCCUCAAAGGUAACUCUAGGCUCUUUAUGGGCUUCCGGGAUAGGACACCAAAGAUAUCCAAGAAGGGUCAGUUCAGGAGUGCCUCACACUUCGUAUGGAGUCUACAGAGGUCACAGAAGACCAAGAGGAAGAAGAAGGCCAAGACCGGUGCUGCAAUCCACCUCCAAGUGAUGACGCAGAUGCGGGAGGGCAAGAGGAAGAAGGCGAUGAAGGAGAAGAAGCCAUCCUUCAUGGUGACGUUUCCUGGCAAGAGAGGCCGAGGGAAGCUAAAGCCCCGAGCCCAGGGUGCUAGCAAAGAAUCCACCUCCAUCAACUGGUUGACAAGGUUCCUCAUCAAGAAGGGAGAAUCGGGAAGUGAGCAGGCCUCCUUGGAUGCCUGGCUGAACCGCUCUAGCUCUCGCUUCGGUUCUCAAAAGCUUCCCUUCCCUUCCGGGGCUGACAUCCUGAGGGCGAGAGGGGAGGCUGAGAGGUUCCCCAGAGGCCGAAGCUUGUACGAGUCAGGAGAAAACAUCGGCUUCCUUCCCUUUGAGACAGACGAGCCCUUCCAUCAGUCUGGCUCGAGGAAGUCGCUCUAUGGACUGGAGGGCUUCCAGGACUUGGGGGAAUACUAUGACUACUACCGCGAGGGGGAUGAUUAUUAUGCGCAGUCUCUCCAUGAAUACGAAGAACAGUAUCGCUCACCCUGGGGCUAUUACACCUCAGAGUGGCCCGAAUAUGGCGAAUAUUACUAUGGGUACCCCGUGCGAGACCCUUAUGAAUAUUAUGAUGAUGAAUACUAUGACAGUGAUUACUACGACCACGAUUUCUAUGGUCCUGGUUACUACGGUGAUGAUUACUAUGCUGACGAGUACUAUGGGGAUAGUCUCUACCUUCCCUAUAGCUUUGGCUAUGGCUAUGAUGACUACUCCCCACCUUAUGCUCCCUUUGGGUACUCACCCUACAGUUACUAUGAUGGCUACGGAGCCACAUAUCCUUACAACUAUUACUUGGAUCCCUACAGCCCUUACAAUGAGGUGGGAUACUACCCGGGAGGAGCUGACGCCAUUUAUCCCCCCGAGGUCCCUUUUGCAUACCCUGAAGGACCCCCCUUUGACUAUGCCUGACCUCCCAUCCCAUCCCCCCAUAAUCCCUAUGCCCACCCCCACAUGGAUGACAUCAUGGAGCUGGAAGAGAGUGAGCAAGAAGAAGAGCCGGGGAUCCAGCAGAAGGGUAUACCCUUCAAACCAACUAGCACAACCUUCUUUGAGCAGCAGGGGCAGGAGUAGUCGGCCACCUCGAAAUUGUCCUUGAUCAGGAUCCGACUCUUCCCCCGACCCCAGGUGAUAAUCUUUUGGCAAGAGAAAUUGGAUGUGCCCCUGCCCUUCCUGGACAUCCCACUCACCACCGAUGAUGCAGGAGGACGAGGAAGACGAGGGGAGGAGACCAGGUACCCACCGGUCCUCUAUCUUCCUGUACCACGGGAUCGAAACGUCCAAAGGGCCCUGUCGGCCUUUAGGCUGAGGAGAGACCUGGGUCUUCCCCAGAGAGGUAGGCCAGCCCCUUCCACCAGCAACGUCCACUUGGCCCGAUUCUUAAAGAAAACCCUUUCGGAAAAGAAACCCAUCCCCAAAUACGGGGGCAGUGCCCGCCAAAAGGGUGCGGGAUCUUUCAGGAGACCAGCCGUGAGGGAGGCGGCCUACAAACGCUUUGGCUAUAAGCUGGCAGGCAUGGAUCCUGACAACCCCGCCACACCAGUGACCCUGAGGAAAUUCCGUGGCCCCACGAGCACCGCCACCAACUCCCAGAGCGUGCCUCCCUUGUCUCCGUCCCCAGCGCCUUCCAAGAAGAACAUCUUCAUCUCCCCGCCUCCUCAGAGGAAGAAUGAGAAUGCGGAUGUCAAAUCAUCCCUCUGGUCUUUCUUACCGAACCUUUCAACAGGGCCAAGCCACCUUCUCCCUACGGCUCCUCUCCUCAAGGAUCCUUCCGCCAAGGGCCACCCUCGCCACGGUCCCUCCCUGCGGCAGAGGCCUUGGUCUCCCCCAGGACACCCUGUCCUCAGGCCGCAGUCCAGUUGGUGGAGCUUCAUUGAACCACCAUCCGUAUCCAAUUUUCAGAAGCCUGAAGCUAAUCCUAUCCACUGUGGUUUGGGCCACCCCCAAGCAGGCCGCCGACUCCUACUCCCUCGAUUCGGUCAUCCUGAGGAGACCAGGCACCCUUGGCUUCGCAGGGCCUUCUGGGAGGGGAGCGAUGCCCCCUGGAGACCUAGGUGGAAGCCAGAGGCUUCCCUCUCCCCCACCAGGCCGAAGCUGAGGCGCCGGUCCCUUAACCUGCCGAGGAAGCCUCCCCCCUGGAACCGGCUCAGCGAGCGGCCGACCAAGGCAGUAAAACCCCAGGUGCAUCUUCCAGUCCAGAGGUCGUCACGCCGCCGGGUCCCUCCCCAGCCGCCUCCAGGCCCCUGGAGUGGAGAUGGGCCCGCGCCACCUUGGUUCCCACCCCCGAUGGCACCAAGCUGGGACGUGGACCUUCCCCCAAUCCAGCGCCCGCCAUCCCCUUGGCCUGGCAUGACCGGCAGCCGGAGAGGCUUCUCCAAGAGACGUGGGCCACCAAUCCUCAUUUCACAGGAACGGCCAGUGACUCAGCCCGUGUUUCUCCUUGGUAGGCUUGAAGAACCUGGACCCGGCUCGGUGAAUCAAUCAUCAAAUGAAGAGCCCACGAAACCUGAGGAAGGCAUCGCCGUCCCCACCCCAAUGCCGCGUGGCCCAGGCCUGCGCAGGUGGGCAUCCCUACCCACGUCACUGGUCCAGUCAGCGCCUACCACAGUACCUGCUGGAGCCCGAGAGAAAAGAGAACGAGGCCCAUCGAGGCCCGGGCGCUUUGCGAUUGUUCUGCCUCGGGUUCAGAAGAUGAGCUCCUUCCAGCAAGUGUCUGUGAUGCCCCAGCAGACACAGACUGGACCACCGACGGGGCCGACGCAAGGCCUGCCAAAGUCCAACUGGGUGCGCGUCUCCGUGUCAACAGAGACCUUCCGACGAUGGGCCCAGGAUGCCCACGGGGACCUUUGUCCCAUUACGUAUCUUGUGAAAUGUCCCCUGCAGUGCCACGCCUUCAAGGCACCCUGGGAGAAGGAAGGCCCAGUGAGAUGGAAGAAGCGGGGGCUUCGGAUGUUCGGGAGCAGUGGGUUCCGGGAAGGGCUCCCUUGCAAUGGCGGCCAGGCUACAAUCAGCAAAGGGCGGCCACCUGCCCGUCACGGGGUCCUGCGCUCUGUGUUCGAUGCAGCUCUUCUAGAGAGGUGUGCCAACCGCCCAGGGCCCCGGGGCCAAGGAUGCGUGGCAGAGCCGGCCACGGUGGCACUGAUCACCUUGGAAUACAUGCACUCCAUCCGCAACCUGCCAUCUAUGAGAUACCGGGUACAGCAAGAGGAAGAUGGUGUGGAAGACAUGACACAGCUGGAGGACUUGCAAGAGUCUGCUGUGUUGUCCAAUCUGAAAACCAGAUUUGAACGAAACCUCAUCUACACCUACAUCGGCAGCAUCCUUGUGGCAGUGAACCCUUACCGAAUGUUUAACAUCUAUGGGAUGGAGCAGGUGUUACAGUACAAAGGACGAGCCCUGGGGGAGAAUCCACCGCACCUCUUUGCAACUGCGAACCUUGCUUACACCAAAAUGCUGGAUGCUAAACACAACCAAUGUAUCAUCAUCAGUGGGGAAAGUGGUUCAGGAAAGACUGAGGCCACAAAGCUGAUCCUCCGCUACCUGGCCACCAUGAACCAGAAGCGGGACAUCAUGCAGCAGAUAAAGAUCCUUGAGGCCACACCCCUGCUGGAGGCCUUUGGAAAUGCCAAAACCGUGAGGAAUGACAACUCCAGUCGCUUUGGGAAGUUCAUAGAGAUCUUUUUGGAGAGCGGCUUGAUCUGUGGUGCCAUAACGUCUCAGUACCUCCUUGAGAAAUCCCGGAUUGUGUUUCAGGCCAAGAAUGAACGAAAUUACCACAUAUUCUAUGAGAUGCUGGCAGGACUCCCAGCCCAGUUGAAGCAGACCUUCAGUCUUCAGGAAGCUGAGACCUAUUACUACCUGAAUCAGGGUGGCAACUGUGAGAUCCUAGGGAAAAGUGAUGAAGCUGACUUCCAAAGACUCCUCAGUGCCAUGGAGGUCUUAAACUUUAGCAUUGAAGACCAGGACAGCAUCUUCCGAAUUCUAUCCUCCAUCCUCCACCUGGGCAAUGUGUACUUUGAAAAGUAUGAGACAGAUGCCCAGGAAGUAGCUUCUGUGGUGAGCGCCCGGGAGAUCCAGGUUGUGGCGGAACUGCUCCAGAUCUCCCCGGAGGGACUGCAGAAGGCCAUCACCUUCAAAGUGACCGAGACAAUGAGAGAGAAGAUUUAUACUCCCCUCACCGUGGAAAGUGCCGUGGAUGCCAGAGAUGCUAUUGCCAAGAUUCUGUAUUCGAUGCUGUUUGGCUGGCUUAUCGACAGGAUCAACACAUUGGUCUACCCUCAGAAGGAUGCUCUUUCCAUUGCCAUCCUGGACAUCUAUGGCUUUGAGGAUCUUAGCUUCAACAGCUUUGAGCAGCUCUGUAUCAACUAUGCCAAUGAGUACUUGCAGUACUUUUUCAACAAGAUUGUCUUCCAAGAGGAGCAGGAUGAGUACAUCCGAGAGCAAAUAGACUGGAGAGAAAUCACCUUCACUGACAACCAGCCUUGCAUCAACCUUAUCUGCCUAAAGCCCUACGGCAUCCUCAGGAUUCUAGAUGACCAGAGUUGCUUCCCCCAGGCCACAGACCACACUUUCCUACAGAAAUGUCAUUACCACCAUGGCUCCAAUCCCCUCUACUCCAAGCCCAAGAUGCCUCUGCCUGAAUUCACCAUCAAGCACUAUGCUGGCAAAGUCACCUACCAGGUGCACAAGUUCCUAGACAAAAAUUAUGACCAGGUGAGGCAGGAUGUGCUAGACCUGUUUGUCCGAAGUAAAACCCAAGUUGUGGCUCACCUCUUUGCCAGCCAAGCUCAGCUGACCUCCCACCACCGGUUGGGGAAGAACAAUACCCUCACUCGUCUCUACAAGGCUCCCACCGUGGCUGCCAAGUUUCAGCAGUCUCUCCUGGACCUAGUGGACAAGAUGGAGAGGUGCAACCCCCUGUUUGUUCGAUGCCUCAAGCCCAACCACAAAAAGGAGCCUGAUCUAUUUGAGCCAGAUGUGGUGAUGGGACAGCUCCGAUACUCAGGCGUUAUGGAGACCAUCCGGAUCCGAAAAGAGGGCUUCCCUGUGCGCGUUCCCUUCCAGGCCUUCAUUGACAGGUACAGAUGCCUGGUGCCUCUCAAACACGACAUACCAGCUACUGGGGAAGCCUGCGUCUCGGUGCUCAACAGGCUUUGCACAGUCACCCACCGCAUGUACUGUAUUGGGGUCAGCAAGCUGUUCCUGAAGGAUCAUCUGUACCAGCUGCUGGAGAGCAUGAGGGACCGAGUUCUGCACCUUGCUGUCCUCACGCUGCAGCGCUGCCUCCGGGGCUUCUUCAUCAAAAGGCGUUUCCGUUCCCUGCGCCGCAAGAUCAUCCUGCUCCAGAGCAUCUCUCGGGGCUACCUCGCCAGGAAGAAGUACCGGAAAAUGAAGAAGAAUUUGAUCAAGUUCAGAUCUCUGGUGAACAUGUAUGUGAACCAAAAGCAGUACCUGAGGGAGCUGACCAAGAGGGAGGUGGUGAAUGUGGCCUGCCUUGAGGUGCCCGCCGAGCUGGCAGGACUCCUACAGGUGGUGACAGUGUACAAACAAGCAAAUGCUGGCUGCGUGGUUUCCGUCCGUACCCCCAAGCUACAGACUGACCCUCAGAUUGCACUGCCCCUCGACAUCAACAACUAUCCGAUGAUCAACUAUGUCCAGGCCCACUUCAAGAUUCUGCGUUUCAUGGGUGACCCCCAUCUCCAUGGAGCUCAGGACAACCUGUUUGGGAACUACAUUGUUCAGAAGGGGCUGGCAAAGGCUGAGCUGAGGGAUGAGAUCCUGGUCCAGCUGGCCAACCAGGUGUGGAGGAACCCCAACAUCAGCAACAAGGAACGAGGUUGGCUCCUGUUGGCCUCCUGCCUCAGUGGUUUCGCACCCUCGCCUCGGCUGGACAAGUAUUUGCUCAAGUUUGUCUCUGAUUAUGCCCACAAUGGCUUCCAGGCUGUGUGUCAGCACAGACUCAUACAGGCCAUGGCCAAAGCCCAGAAGGGUCCUGGAGCUGCCCGAACCUUCCCUCCAACCCUCCUUGAGUGGACAGUUACUCAAAAGAAGGCCAACAUGGCACUAGACGUCCACUGCUUCAAUGGUGAUUUUUCUUGCCCAGUCCAUUCAUGGAGUACAGGGGAGGACAUAACUGGAGACAUUUUGAAACACAGGGGGCUAACAGAUGGCUGGAGGGGCUGGACAGUCUCCUUGAAGAAUGGUAGCCAGUGGGCCGAGUUGGCGGGCCACGAUUAUGUCCUGGAUCUGAUCUCAGACAUGGAGCUUAUCUGGGACUUCCCGAAGCAGAAAUCCUACUUUAUCAUCACCUCUGAGGGGGCAGAGAAGGGCAGAAGCAACACCAGAAUGGUGUUUGGAAAUAAUUGGGACUCUGAUGAGGAGACACCUGCCCUGCCCCGGCACAGAGGGCGCUCUGUUCGGUCGACAAAACUUCCUGACUCGGAUGGUUAUUUCAGUCACGGUUUCCCUGGCAGAGCUGGAAGCCAUAUUACCCCUGCCCCCUGCAUCCUCUCUGCAGACUCAGACAGCUUCAGGGAGCCGGCCGCCCCACAGAAAGGACUGGAUCGGUACCUGGACAGCCUCUUUGACCCUGUGCUUGCUUAUGGAAACACGGAUGUUGAGAAGCCUGCUGCUAUCUCCUAUAGGAUGAAAGGGGGGAGGUCAUCCCAAAGGGAUGAGGAGCCAGCGGAGCCCCCAGAAUACCCCAAGAACCAGGUCAGUAUCCCAGGCUUGGACCCCUCCACGUUGGCGCUGCAGCAGGCUUUCAUCCACAAGCAGGCCAUGCUUCUGGCGAGAGAGAUGACUCUUCAGGCGAUGGCCCUGCAGCAGCAGCAGCAGCAGACAGAUACAGUCCCCUCUGUUGGAUCUUCCUCAGUCCCCCUGGAACCCUCCACCCAGCCCCUGCCCCCCAAAAAGCCAACAGGGCCAGAUGUCUCUCUAAAAGCCAAGAGAAGUCCCCCUGCCAAGCCAGUGCUGAUCUAUGCAGCCCCAGCGCUGGGAGACCCUGGAGGAGUUGGUUUACAGCCCAAGGCCUUAGUAUCUGGCUCUCCCUCAAAGCCUCGGGGCUCCAUCCCUCGUAUUAAGCCAGUGGCCACCCCUAUUCGGAUGGCAGGGACCCAACACCCUCCUUUCUCACCCUCUCCAGAGCUUGUACGUCACUCCAUCCUCAACUCGGAACAUUUCCCUCAGCCCACCCAACAGAUCAAGACUAUCAUUCGCCAGUGCCAGCAGCCACCCAGAGCUCCAGAUGGUCUCAGGAAGGAAAGUGGGAAGGUGUUUGUGAAGAAAUCGGAUCCUCAUGAAGAAGCCCUCCUGAUCCUGAAGGAGCAAAUGACCCACUCGCCCCCAUCAACCUGGGAAGGUCCAGGUCCUAGACAGACAGUGGCCUUGCUGGCCAAACCUCUAACUUCAGCCUCCAGGCCAACCCUAAGCCCUCCCUCAGUCUCACGGACACUUAUUCCGGAGGAGGAUCCCAUCCAAACACAGCUCCAUCGGCAGAGCAACGAGACCUUCUAUAGCUACCAGGGAGUGCCCUGGAAGAUAUAUCUCCGAAAAGAGGUCUUUUACCCCAAGGACAGCUACAAUCACCCAGUCCUCCUGGACCUCCUGUUCAGACAGAUCCUCCAUGACACUUUCUCUGAAGCCUGCAUCAGAAUCUCUAAAGAAGAGAGGAUGAAGAUGAAAUCCAUCUUUGUCCAGAACAAGUUGGAUUCGCUACAUCCGGUGGUGAAUGAGAGUAUCAAGAGAGCAGUGGUCAGUGAAGCUCGAGCGGGCUGGGAAGUCUAUUUCUCCCGCCUCUUCCCAGCCACGGGCAGCGUGGGCACAGGUGUGCAGAUCCUGGCUGUGUCUCAUGUGGGCAUCAAGCUCCUUCGCUUGGUAAAGGGCAGCUGGUCAUCAGGAGAACAGUUUCGGGUCUUGCGGAGUUACAGCUAUACAGACAUCCUCUUUGUGACCAUCCCUUCCAUAAACAUGCUGGAAUUCAACCUGGCCAGUGAGAAACUCAUUCUCUUCUCAGCAAGAGCUCCUCAGGUGAAGAACAUGGUGGACGACUUUAUUCUGGAGCUGAAAAAGGAUUCUGAUUAUGUGGUUGCUGUGAGAAACUACCUGCCGGAUGACCCGAAUCUCCUGAGCUUCCACAAGGGUGACAUCAUCCAUCUACAGUCUUCAGAGUGGCCUGAGAGGGGCUACAAUUAUGGCUACGUAGUCAGGAAGAAGGUCAUCUACCUGGAGGAGCUGAAGAGGGGCACCCAGGACUUUGGGUGGAAGUUUGGGGCCAUCCACGGGAGGCCUGGCCGAUUCCCCAUGGACCUGGUACAGCCCGUAGCUGCCCCUGACUUCCUCCAGCUACCCUCAGAGCUGGACAUGGGGGGACCUCGGGACCAGUCAGGCAGAGCAGCUGCUGUGGCUGUAGCCGUGGCUUCUUCUACCGUGGCCCAGGAGUUUGGCAGGAAGACGGAGGGGUCCAGGGAGUUUGGAGAGGAAACAUCUCGGCAGGAAGUCUAUGGGGCAUCUCUAUUUCCCAGUCAUCAGUACACAAUGCUGGAAUUUGCUCAGAAGUAUUUCCGGGAUCCACAAAGACGAUGCAUGGAUUCUUUCAGGCAGAAAUCCAAGAAAGGAAGAGAAUCCAGAGACAUGAGCAACAUGCUGAAAUUUUCCAAGACACCAAUCCAGGAAUCCCUCAUUGAAUUCAGCAACAGCAGCCUGAACAAAAUUGCCACAGAGAUGUUCCUAGCUGUGAUGAAGUUCAUGGGGGAUUUCCCAAUGAAGGCCCAGACCGAGCUGGAUGUGCUCCGCUCCUUCUUAAAGCUCUGCAGGGACCAUGAAGUACUUCGAGAUGAAGCCUACUGCCAGGUCAUCAAGCAGAUCACAGACAACACCAGCUCCAAACCGGACAGCUGCCAAAGAGGCUGGAGGCUGCUGCACAUCCUGGCCGCCUACCACAAGUGCUCAGAUGUCCUGAAGCCAUACCUCUUCCGAUUCUUUCAGGAUGUAUGCAGAAGUCCCGGCUUGCACUUCCAGGGGAUUGCAAAGGCCUGUGAGCAGAACCUUCAGAAAACCUUCCAGUUUGGUGGUCGAAGUGAACUUCCCAGCAAUAUGGAGUUGAGGGCCAUAUUGGCUGGCCGCAGUUCCAAGAGGCAACUGUUUCUCCUUCCUGGAGGGAUUGAACGCCACCUGAAGAUCAAGACCUGCACGGUGGCCCUAGAUGUGGUGUCAGAGAUCUGCAUCGAGAUGGGCCUGACAAGGGCUGAGGCUGUCAGUGAAUAUGUGAUCUUCGCUGUCACCAACCAAGGCCAGAACGUCUGUCCCUUGAGCCGGCGGGACUACAUCCUCGAUGUAGCCUCAGAGAUGGAGCAGGUGGACAGUGGAUACACAUUCUGGUACCGGCGCAUCCUGUGGACCCAGCCACUCAAGUUUGAGAAUGAGCUCUAUGUCACCAUGCACUACAGCCAGGUCCUGCCUGAUUAUCUAAAGGGCCUCUUCAAUAGUUUACCCACUGAACAACCCAGUGAACAGCAGCGACAGCAGGUGUCCAAGCUAGCUGCCCUCCAGCAUCGUGCCAAGGAUGGUGUCUAUCUGCCCAGUGUCCGUGAAGCCCAGGAGUACAUGCCACCCCAGUUCUAUCGCACAUUAAAGGGUCAGGCCUGGCUGAACUUGGUGAUCCAGCAUAUGCAACAGAUCCAGGCCCUGAGCCCCCACCAGGCCAGGGCCCAGUUCCUUGGGCUCCUCAGUGCCUAUCCCAUGUUUGGUUCCUCCUUCUUCUUCAUCCAGAGCUGUAGCAACAACACCGUGCUCACGCCCUGCAUCCUGGCUGUCAACCAGAAUGGUCUUAAUUUCCUCAACAAGGAGACCCACGAACUGACAGUGAAAUUUCCUCUGAAAGAAAUUCAAUCCACUCGAACCCAGCGACCCACAGCUGGCUCCAGCUAUCCCUAUGUAGAGAUCACGCUGGGAAACCUGACUGUACAACGAAUUAUGCAGCUGCAGCUUGAGCAGGGCCUGGAGCUGUGCCGGGUUGUGGCCGCACAUGUGGAGAGCCUCCUGUGUGCCCGAGAGAAGCGGUUCACCCUGCCUCCUAGUGAGAUCACCCUUCUCUGACUUGUUUCAACAUCUGCUUCCUUCCUUGGCUGCUGUCACUGCCCACCCAACUCCACCCAAAACCUGUGGAAGACCCUGAACAGGGCAAGGAGUGACUUCAUGUUGCCUUGGCAGAAGGUCUCCAGUGGAGUACCCCCAGGGACCUGUGUCUGGCCUUGGGUUAUUUACCAUUUUUUACCAGUGAUGCAGACAGAAGCCUUCAUGAGAUGCUCAUCAGAUUUUCAGAUGAUACCAAAUUAAGUGAAAGAGUUAAAAUGGUGGAUGACAGCGUCAGGGUCCAAAAAGAUCUAUAAGGCAUUGGACUGAAUCCAAGGAGGUGAAAUCCAGUAGGAAUAAAUGAGAAGUCUAACAAUUAGGAUCAAAAAAUCAAGUUCAUAAAUAGUGUAGGGGAAGCACGUUAGACAACAUUUGUUCUGAAGAAAAGUCGAGUGAACCAUAAGCUAAACAUGAGUCAGUAGUAUGAUGACAGCCAAAAAACCGUAAUGCAAUCUGGGACAACGUUAAGAGAGGUAUAGCUUCCAGGAAAAAAAAGAAGAAGGUGGUAAUCUCCCUGUCCUCUGCUUUGGUCAGACCACAGCUUGUAAAAUUGUGUUCAGUUGGCGCAGUGGAUAGAACACCGGCCCUAGAGUCAGGAGUACCUGAGUUCAAAUCCGGCCUCAGAUACUUAACACUUACUAGCUGUGUGACCCUGGGCAAGUCACUUAACCCCAAUUGCCUCACUAAAAACAAAAGAAAACAAAAAUUGUGUUCAGUUCUGGGAAUUACUGCUUAGGGAAAAUGUGGAUAAAGCAAGAGAGUAUACAGAGAACAACUAUGCUAGCGAAGGCCUUUGAGUCCACAUCAUAAAGAACCUAGAGAAGCUAAGACUGAGGGGAGACAUAAUAACUCUAUUCAAGUAUUUGGAGGGCUUAUCAUGUGAAGGAGAGAUUAGGUUGGUUCUGUUUGACCCAAAAGGCAUUACCAGAAGUAAUGGCUGGAAAAGUUUAAAGGGGAAAAUUUAGGUUUGAUGUUAGAGAAAACCUUUUUUAACAAGUAGAACUAUCCCAAAGUAGAAUGAGUUGUAUCUAGAGGUGGUAGGUUCCUCCUCCUAGGUAUUCUAGCAGAGUUUGGAUGAUCACUUUUGGGUUUAUUACAAUGGGAAUGCCUUUGCAGAUAUGGGUGAGAUUAGAUGGCCCCUGAGAUCCCUUCUUACUCUGAAUUCUGUUCAACUCUGUGCUUCUGAAAUUCUUCCCAGACAAUUCAGGAAGACUGGGUCUCCCAAGGGAGUCUUCAACAAACUGAGGCUGUAAAUGAUCAGAGGCCAUGGUUGCCUCCCAAGACUCAGGGAAAAUCACUUGAGUUAAAGAGACAGGAAGAGAGGGGCAGCUAGGUGGCGCAGUGGAUAAAGCACCGGCCCUGGAUUCAGGAGGACCUGAGUUCAAAUCUGGACUCAGACACUU